AAUGUUUUCCAGGGAGCAAGUUGGUAAUGAUAAUCAAUUAGAAAGAGAAAUUUUGAUCUGCAUAUUAUUGGGUUUUGUGAUCCUUAUAAUUCAUGGAAAAGUUUGGAAGAUAGUCCCAGAGAAAUAAUGGGGAAGGCAAGAAAAUGGAUCAAGAAUUUGUUGGCCGGAAGAAAAGUCAAACAAGCCGUCGAUGCAACCCAAACACCACCCACUUCCAUCGCACCGGCAACUCCUAAGGAGAAACGUAGAUGGAGCUUCCGGCGGUCAUCCGCCACACCUCCCACAAGCACAACCACCAACUCCAUAGACGUAAUCUCCUCUGCACCACCAUCGUCAUUAGUGCAUGAAGCAGAAAAUUACGAGCAAAAGAAGCAUGCUCUGGAGAUGGCCUUCGUGGCUGCAGCCACUGCAAAUGCAGCAGCCACAGCCAUAAUUGUCAAACACACUGCUGCCACAAAGAUUCAAUCCGUUUUCAGGUCCUACUUGGCGAGAAAAGCUUUGUACGCUUUGAAAGGAUUAGUGAAGCUCCAAGCGCUGGUGAGGGGUCACUUGGUACGGAAACGGGCAACUGCGACGCUCCGGUGUAUGCAGGCGUUGGUAACAGUUCAGGCCCGAGCUUGUGCCCGACGAAGGCGCAGUAACGAUGGAGUUGACUCUUAUAAUUACGGGUGGCCGGACUCUGAACUUUACCAGGGUUUCAGAACUCCGGACGUAUCUGAAGAACACAUCAAAAUUGUAGAAAUGGACACCAGAAGUACUAGAAAGAGUUACUCCAAAGAACGAGUCUCCAUGCACUUCUCGCCUGCACCAUCGGAGCCAAGUCCGAGGGCUUACUUCCGCAACUUUGAGGACUUUAGAUUGGCGUCCGCUCAAGGUAGCCCUACCAUGAAACCUGAUUAUGCCGAAUCACUAUACGAAUUCCCAAGUUACAUGGCGAACACAGAAUCAUCGAGAGCAAAAGCACGAUCCCACAGCGCCCCAAAGCAGCGCCCAGCGGAUUUUAGUUCUGUGUAUGAGAGACAGUCUUCUAGCGUCACUAGACGGAGGCCUUCCAUAGAAGGAAGGAACGUCCCAAGAGCUGUCAAGAUGCAGCGGUCUUCCUCUCAUCUGGGUUCGAAUUCAGGUGCUCAAAAUCACUAUCCAUGGUCAGUCAAGUUAGACAAGUCGACUGUUUCUCUUAUAGGAAGUGAAUGCGGUUCAACAAGUACAGUCCUAACCAAUGUCAAUUACUGUCAAUCACUCAUCGGAUUUGAUACUUAUCAUCGAAACGAAUACUGAACGGCUGAUCAUGUCACGAAGCUCCUUGAUAUAUGAUGAUGCCAUACGUCCAUACCUUUUUAGUUUAUUUCUUUUUCGAUCGCUUUCAACUUCUUUGUAUAAAGUAAGUGGAUUAUCCAGGUUUUUUAAACCACAAAGUUUAAAUGGUCCAUCUACUUUUAUGAAAGUCAAAACAAUCCAAAUGAAAAUGAUGUAAACUACUUGAAUACCGUUAAGUUAUUGGAUUUUAAAUAUUUAAACAGUGUGAUUUUUCAAUGUUCAAAAGUAUUAAUGUAUCAAAUUUUUCGAC